AUGAUUACAUUUACGCCAGAUUUUUGGGCACCUGGCUUGGACGUCAACGUCCGACGUCGGAUUCCACCAACCGAUGCACUAUUAAUCAACAGUGAGUCAAGGCCAAAACAACGUCCCACCUCGCUGCCACCAUUCUCAUCCCCCGGUGUAUCGCCCCCAUCAAACACGAAAUCCAAAGACAUCACUAGCGUAUCCGGACGCCAAUAUGUACCAAUUUCGACCCUGACAGAAGAAAAAAAAGUAAUGCACUCUACUAAACCUCCGGGGAAUAAAUCCAUCCUUCGAGAAGUACUCUCACUCAGACUGAACGAGUUACAAAAAUCGAAAAAUGACCAAAUCGUUAAUCUCGUCGAUAACGAAUGUUUAUUAGCUCAAAGAUAUGGUAUGUGCGAGAAGGAAUGCAUUGGAAGAGGUGCUACUGCAGUUGUAAAGCUUGCACACAAAUUUGACGGAACAGAUUGUGAAAAAAUUUAUGCUGUAAAGGAAUUUCGAAAAAGAAGAAAGAAUGAGACAGAAAAAGACUACAUUAAGAAGCUCACAAGCGAAUUUUGUAUCAGCUCUUCUCUUGAUCACAUAAAUGUUGUCAAAACUGUAGACUUGGUACAGGAUGAGAACCGCAACUGGUGCGAGGUUAUGGAGUAUUGUGAUGGUGGAGAUUUAUUUUUAGCCAUAAAAUCAAACCACAUGAGUCCAGUCGAGAUUAAUUGUUGCUUUAAGCAAUUGAUCAAUGGUGUUGGAUAUUUGCACUCGAUGGGUGUUGCUCAUAGGGACAUCAAGCCCGAGAAUCUGUUGCUUGACAAUAAGGGCCACUUAAAAAUCGCAGACUUUGGUGUAUCGGAUGUUUUCCGCAUGCAUUGGGAAAGCAGUUCGCAUCUCUCUACUGGUUUGUGUGGAUCGGAGCCAUAUAUUGCUCCUGAGCAGUUUAUGCCUAAUAAGGAAUAUGAUGCGCGUCUUGUCGAUGUCUGGGCAUGCGGCAUCGUAUACUAUUGCAUGAUCUACCAGGGCAUUCCCUUCCGUAUGGCUUCUUCAUCAGAUUCCAAUUAUCUCACAUAUUUAGAAGAAAGAGUGCUAAAUGAAUACGAGCCAUUUGAGAGGUUACCAAGAGGAUGUAGAAACUUGAUGUACCACAUCUUGGAACCAGAUCCUGGCAUGAGAUAUGACAUCGAUAGUAUUAAGGCUGAUCCCUGGUUCGAGAGUACAGAGACGUGCUCAAACGAGUCAACGUUGUUAACACAAGAACAUAACCAUAUUCCCCCAGAAUGUUUGAACAAACAUAAAUCAACGGAAAAAGCCAAAUUCUAA